AUGUUUGUCGUAACGAUAUUUACGUUUUUAUCGAUAAUUAUCGGUAACUUUGUAAGUUCUCAACAACGACAGCAGAAAUGUGUUAUGCGAGGUGUCUGUGGUUUACGCGGUCAAAUGAACCAAAAUUGUUUAUAUAACGGAAAUGCUUUACCUAUAAAUGACGAUAGUAAACGUUUUACGUUAAAACAUCUUUGCCCACAUCUUUUUCAAGAUGGCAAUGAAAAUUUUUGUUGUGAUUCUGAUCAGAUAUCCAAUUUGGAUGGUCAACUCACAUUACCUCGACAGCUUUUAGCUCGUUGUCCAAGUUGUUUAACAAAUUUUCUUCAACUCUGGUGUGAUUUCACUUGUUCACCUUAUCAGAGUGAUUUUGUUAACGUCUUAUCAGUUGCUAAUGAUCAGUUUUCAAUAAGAAAUAAAAGCCAAUAUAUCACCGAAGUUGAAUAUUAUAUAAGAAAAGAUUAUGCAGAUGGGUUAUUUGAAUCGUGUAAAGAUGUGAAAGCAAUUGGAUCGGACAAUGCUUUAAGUUUGAUGUGUGGAGUCCGUUUUGAAGAUUGUAAUAUUUCGCAAUGGUUGCGGUUUAUGGGUACAUAUAAUGAAGAUAUUGGUGUUCCAUUUACCAUCAGUUUUCAAACUGAAGAAAAUUCUAACUUUUCUGCGCCACCUACUCGUAUAUACUCUUGUAACGAAUCAGUGGGUAAGGGGAAAUUGUCGUGCUCUUGUCAAGAUUGUCAGAAGGCAUGUCGUGCCGAAUCGGACUAUCCAUUCAUUGUGCAGGAAAAGUGUCGCAUAGCCUCAGUCGAUUGUAUGUUAAUUUUGUCGAUCGUUGCGUUUAGUGGUCUUUGUUUUGCGGUGCUCUUCUUCGCGGCUGUGAAUUAUUGCCUAAAACGAGGACCUGAAGCUGAUUUAAGUGAUUUCAAACCUGCUGCUGGUACUUUGAAUGACGAAGACUUGAAUACUAUCGAGAAUUUUGGAUCUUGGAUAGAAUCUCAGUUAGAACUGGUUUGUGCAUAUUAUGGUGAAUUUGUUGCUAGACGGCCUUUAACGGUGUUAUGUUUUGGAUUGUUGGUUGCAUUAAUUUGCUCAUCUGGAAUGUUCUUUGUACGUUUCACAACGGACCCAGUAGAACUAUGGUCGUCAAAAGGAAGUCGUGGAAGAAUCGAAAAAUAUUUCUUUGACUCGAAAUUUGGGCCAUUCUAUAGGACUGAGCAGAUUAUAAUUUAUCCAAGAGAUCAAACCUUUUGGUUGCAUGAAAAUCGAUCAAAUAUAUUUGUGGAUGGAUAUUAUGGACCAGCAUUUCGAAAGUCAUUUCUUGAAGAUGUGGCCAAGCUGCAAAAUGCUGUCACUGAACUAAUAUCAAUUCGAGAAAAUGGUCAAACAAUCACUUUAAAAGAUGUUUGCUAUAAACCACUAGCCCCAGAUAAUCAUAAUUGCGCAAUUAUCACCAUCCUCAAUUAUUUUCAAAACGAUGCUUCAAAGCUAAAUCAUACAAAUGCAGUUAGCAAUGAAGAUGAAUGGGUCAUUUCAAGAUAUGAUUAUCUUGAUCAUAUAAUGAGUUGCGUUAAAAAUCCUUAUUCGGUUAGCACAAAAUUCGGUCUUUCUUGUCUAUCAGCGUUCGGUGGACCGAUUCAACCAUAUGUUGUACUGGGCCAUUUUAAUGGGACGAAUCAAUGGGAUAGCGCUCGAGGAGUGGUUAUCAAUAUAUUGCUUAAUAAUUACCUCGAUCUUGCCGAUAAUGCUCGAGCAAUCGCUUGGGAAAAAGAAUUUAUAAAAUAUCUGCGAAAUAUAUCUCAUGAAAAUUACACAAUAUCGUUUAUGGCAGAGAGAUCGAUUCAGGAUGAGAUCGAUAGAGAAAGCCAAUCUGAUAUCUUUACGAUUCUCAUAAGCUAUAUGUUUAUGUUUGGCUAUAUUGCAUUUGCACUUGGACAGUACCAGGUUACGGGAAAUAAUUUAUUUUCCUUAUUAAUACAUUCGAAAAUUAUGCUUGGUGUUGCUGGUGUUCUUAUUGUUGCAUUAUCGGUAACAUCGUCUAUAGGUCUUUAUGCAUUUUAUGGUAUACCAGCCACUAUGAUUAUUCUUGAAGUUCAACCAUUUCUCGUUUUAGCAGUCGGAGUUGAUAAUAUUUUUAUUUUUGUUCAAGCAUAUCAGCGUGCGGAAGCUUCAAUUUCUGAACCACUUUAUAUAAGAAUGUCUAAAAUUAGUGGAGAAAUAUUACCAUCAAUGUUAUUGUCAUCGCUUUCAGAAUGUUUAUGUUUCUUCCUCGGAGCAUUGUCUUCUAUGCCAGCUGUAAAGGUCUUCUCAUUAUAUGCUGCAUUAGCCAUAUUUUUCAACUUCUUUUUGCAAAUAACAUGUUUUUUUGCGAUUUUCAUCUUUGAUUUACAUCGUGAAGAGGAUGGUCGACCAGAAUUAUGCUGUUGUAAACAGUUACCAUCAGAACCAAUCAGCAAUGAUGGAUAUCUUUUGCAUUUUUUUAGCGAUUAUUAUGCGCCUUUCCUACUUUCGAAGCAUAUUCGAAUAGUUGUGAUCUUCGUUUUUUCUGCUUGGCUGUGCUCAUCAAUGGCUGUAAUUAGUGGUUUACAACUUGGAUUAGAUCAGAAAAUGGCAGUUCCAGAGGAUUCUUAUGUACUUCAUCAUUUCAAAUCAAUGGAGCGAUUUUUAUCCGUUGGUCCACCCGUGUAUUUUAUUAUUAAAGGUGAUAUAGACUUUAGUGAUCCAUAUGUUCAAAAUAAAAUUUGUUCCGGUGCUGGAUGUUAUCAGAAUUCACUUGGUGGUCAAGUUGCGCAUGCUGCUGUAUGGUCAAAUAGAUCCUAUAUUGCUCAUCCUGUAAUGAAUUGGCUGGAUGAUUAUAUCGAUUGGUUGCAAUCUGAAGGUGAUCCACCAUGUUGUCGCUUAUAUCCGAAUGGAAGUUUUUGUGCAGCCAGUGUACAAGAAUCCAUUUGUUCCCCAUGUGAUGUUGAAUUCAAGGAUAAUCGGCCUCGUUCCGAUCUUUUUUAUGAUAAUCUUAUUCAUUUUCUCUCUGAUAAUCCCAGCAGUAAAUGUGCGAAGGGAGGACAUGCAGCAUAUGGUUCUGCGCUUGAGUUAUCACCUCGUCACCGUAUUUUGUCAUCACAUUUUAUGACUUAUCAUACUGUUCUUAAGACUUCUUCUGAUUUUAUAAAUGCUAUGGUAAGCGCUCGUCGUAUCGCAGAAAACAUAUCUGUUGUGUUAAAUAUUGAUAAAGAUGGGCGAUGUCCGAUCGAAGUUUUUCCUUAUAGUAUAUUCUAUGUGUUUUACGAACAAUAUAUGACGAUAAUAACAGAUGCUUGUGUUCAAUUGGUUUUGUCUUUAGCUGCAAUAUUUGCUGUCACAACUAUUUUAUUAGGGCUUGAUCCCUGGUCAGCAUUUAUCAUUGAUCUCAUCAUAAGCUGUGUUUUAUUCAACCUGAUUGGAUUAAUGUAUUGGUGGUCAAUUGAUUUCAAUGCGGUUUCCGUCGUUAAUCUUGUUAUGUCUGUUGGAAUCUCAGUAGAAUUUUGCUCACAUAUUGUAAGGUCAUUCGCAAUGAGUGUGCAGCGUAAUCGCGUAGAACGAGCUCGUUAUGCUUUAGCGUCGAUGGGUUCAUCGGUAUUAUCCGGCAUCACACUGACUAAAUUUGGAGGGAUUAUUGUUCUCGCAUUUGCACAUUCUCAGAUAUUUAAAGUAUUUUAUUUUCGGAUGUUUUUGGGUAUCGUUUUAAUUGGUGCAACGCAUGGUCUCAUUUUCUUACCUGUUCUUUUGAGUUUCAUUGGCCCGCCGAUGAACAAGCGAAAAUUCUUAUUGAAAAUGAGAGGCGAGGCUUGUUUGGGUGAAUGUAGUGGUAUAAAAAAGUGUCCCUCUGGCAAGCAUUGUGAUCGAAUUUGA